GGGAUAUAUCUUACCCGGUCCCUCCAAGUACCGGCUCCAAGGUUUGUUGGCGCAUAUUUAUAGGCAUCGAGGAGAUCAGCCCCUUCUUUUGCGUGCUCUAUUUUCUUUGCGCCCUCAUCGCUGCUUAUAAUGCCUGAAUUUCAUUCGCACAACAUCCAACCGCACCCAUACCCCAGCGAUCAUACCGUACCGCAAUUCCUGUUGGACGAGGCGACGCAUCCUUUACGCGCGAGUCGCCUUCCAGGUUCUCGAUGGCUUAUAGAUGAUGCUACGGGGCGGGCGUACGGAUUAGAUGAGAUUCGAGAGAGGGUGGAACGGAUUGCGCGCGCAGUCAAAGCUAGAUGGGGGGUCGGACCAGGCGACACGGUCUGCCUCUGCAGCGAGAACCACAUUGACUACCCCAUUGUUAUAUGGGCAAUGCAUCGGCUGGGGUGUACCGUGUCCCCUGCCAAUCCCUCGUACACCGCUGGAGAGUUGGAAUAUCAACUGAAGGAGAGUCGCUCGAAGUUGCUUUUCACCUCCGCUUCCUCGCUUCCAGUGGCGCUGGCGGCGAUGAUCCAAGCCCAACAAUUCGGCCCGAAUGAGGUGAUCGUCUUCUCCCCGCCAGCACCAGCGCCAACCAAGUCGGAAGGUUGCUUUCCCGCAAUUCUGCCGAGGGAUGGAAAUUUACCCACCAUCUACGAUCUCGUCCAACAAGGCUGGCGGUUGUGCAAGAAUUACGCCGAGCCUCAUGGACCGAAUAUCGGGAAUAAUGUCGCAUUCCUCGGCUUUUCUAGCGGGACAACCGGACUUCCGAAGGCUGUCGCAAUAACACACCGGAGUGUAAUCUCCGUCAUGAUGGAACUUGCCGCCCAUACUCGCAACAAUGAUAUCACGUUGCCAGAGAAACAUCGAUGGAUCCGACCUGGUGAUGUUGGUCUAGCCGUGCUUCCCUUCUACCACAUCUAUGGGCUGAUUGGCAUUCUACAUGCCCUCUUGUUUAACGGAUGCGGCGUGGUUGUCAUGCCCCAGUUCAAUCCACAGACGUUCUUGGAAACCAUCGCCAAGCAUCGAAUAACUCAUCUCCCUGUUGUCCCCCCUAUCGUUGUGUUCCUAGUGAAUCAUCCUUCUAUCAAGAACUAUGACCUCUCGAGCCUUCACUAUGUGGUCUCUUCAGCAGCUCCGCUGUCCAAGGAACUAGCGCACCGACUGCGAGCUUUGAUACCAAGCGCCCACGUCGGACAGGGAUACGGAUUAACCGAGGCCACGACGCUAAUCAGUGUGUUCGAGCUGUCUAAAGACCCUGUCGAUGGGUCCGUGGGUACCCUCGCACCUGAUACAGUUGCCCGUAUAAUCAAGCCCGACGGUCAGAUGGCUGACUACGGCGAAUCUGGCGAACUGUGGAUCAAGGGGCCGCAAGUAGCACUGGGUUACGCGAACAACAAGAAGGCAACCGAGCAAACAUUUGUCACUGGCGGUUGGCUGCGCACGGGAGACGAAGCAUACAUGACCAAAGAGGGCAACUUGUACAUCGUUGAUCGGCUUAAGGAACUUAUCAAAGUCAGCGGUUUCCAAGUCGCCCCCGCAGAACUGGAAGGACACUUGCUAAAUCACCCAUCGGUUCGAGACGCGGCUAUCAUCGGCAUCCUUCAUGAGCGGAAGGGAGAAGUCCCACUCGCGUUCGUCGUGCUCAAGUCUGCUGUUGCCAAACGCGCUGCAAGCGGUGCGGAAGCACAGGUGAUCAAGCAGGAACUGAGAAAAUGGGUGAGCGACAACAAAGUGCGUUAUAAACGGCUCGAAGGCGGUAUCGAGUUCGUAGACGUCAUACCCAAGAACGCGAGCGGUAAGAUCCUGAGACGAAUCCUGAAGGAGCGAGCCAAGGCCCGGGACAUGGGAAAGGAUGCCAAAGUCCAGGCUCGUCUGUAACCUGCAUCUGUAUGCCGUGGCC